AUGUAUAAUGUAAAAGCAUUAAUAGUUUCUAGAGUAAGCAUCUUUCAGAAUUUUGCAAUCUUGAUGGUUUUGAACCGUCUUAAACUAGAUAACCUUGAGAAAAUCUCUAUCGAGGACGUUUACAAUGAACAAGUGUGUUGUCCAAUUGCCGGUAAUAUUAUUCCAUUCAACAUCGUUGUCGACAAGUUAACAAUACAAUUACCUGACCUGAUGGCCACUGGAUGUCCGACCUACUUACCACAUAGUAUGCUAGCAGAGAAAAGAUCAGGAGUUUUAGGAGUUUUAUCUAAUGAGUUUCAAUUUGCAAUGUACUAA